GCGCACCAAAGAGCUGCUUUCAGAAUGCCCAGACAGGUGUCACAGGACACGGCGGAACUUUGCAGAGCACAGAGCAAACAAGCUACUUUGGGUAGCAUGCCACCCAGACAGGUGUCGCAGGACACGGCUAAAGUCUGUAGGGCGCCAAGCAAAAGAGGCAUGCCACCCAGACAGGUGUCACAGGACACGGCGGAACUCUGUAGAGCACAGAACAAACGAGCUACUUUGAGUAGCAUGCCACCCAGACAGGUGUCGCAGGACAGCGCUGGAGUGUUUCAUCACUCUGCCUCACUUCAUUUGCCAGAAGUGUCAAGGUCAUCGGAGCUUUGCACAGCUGAACGCAGCAGUUCCAGACAGUCCGUAAGCUCGGUUACAUCUGAACACGAUCCCAGAUCGAAGCGUUUAUCCUUUAUUGAUUGCUCCAUUGAUGACCUUGAUGAGCUUAUCCUUGCUGAAAGUGAAGGUGCUGAUUGGUUCAAAGACUUCUGGGGUACUGUGCUGACGCAACAGCCUGUUUGCCGAGCACUGUCCAACAGAUCUUUAGUGAACUGGGUGGCGAUCUACAACAGAUGGCAGGCCGCUGGGAAAUGGACCGGACAAGCGCCUGAGUAUUUGAACUCUUACGAGCUCCAAGAAUGGUUGGCGGCUCCACUCACACGUGUGCUGGAGUUGGUGAAACUCUUUGAUCCUGCAGGUCACGGCAAGGUCUCGAUGACCAAGGCCCCCCAGGAUCACUACAAGGUAAAAGUGCCAGUGCUGCCGCUCAUGUCAGCUUGCUUGGUGAUGUCGCAAACCAUGUCGAACCGUCAAAAGCUGCGCUUUCUGUUGGGCAUGUUCGAUUUGGACGACAAAGGAUCCUUGUCAAUGCGAGAGUUCGCUUCCAUGCUGGAGAACCUGUUGCGUGGAUUGGGCUGUUUGUUCAAAGUCAAGGAGAUUCCACGAACGAUUGCUACAGCUGCCAGAAGCAUUUUCGAGCAAUUCAGGGGAGGCACAGUUCCGAUGCAUGAGUUGGAGAUGUGGUUCUCGGGAAAGACAUUUCAUCCCUUUGCUGUGCCCUUUGCACUUCUCCUACAGCGUUUCUCUGCAGAUAGCCAGAUCAUUGAUCCUGAUAGCUACAAUGACGAUAGCAGGAAGUUCAAGCUAUCACACCAGAAGCCUGUGGAAGAGCCCCUGGAAUCCUUUGCUGUACAGGACAAUGCUUUCCUCAAUCGCAGCGAAGUGGUGAUCGCACGGGAGGUGUUUCAGUACUGCUUGUCCACGGGCUUUUUCAGCUUAUCUCAUGAAGACGCUGAGAAAGGAAUUGGUAAGCCCAUCGAUGUGGACAUUUGGUGUAAGCGAAUGUCUCGAGCCUUGGAGGAGGCCAACACCAUCCGAGGUUCCGGCGCUCGCUUUGACUUCAAAACUUUUCUAAAGAAGUUAUGUCCGAAAGCCACCAACACUCACUUGCACAUGUUCGAUUGCUGGCUCCAGGAAUUUGACAAGCUUCAGGAACAGAAGGCCUGUCUAGAAAGGACGAGACAAAUGUCUGCAAGAUUCAAAGAAUAUCGCUCCCAGCCAAUGCUUAGCGAGCGCAUGAGGAACGAGCUCAAGACUAGUUUUAAUGUGGUCGACAGGUCUGAUUGCGGGCGCGUCACGACUGUGGAUCUCCAAGUAUGCAUGGAAGUGGAACGAUGCACUGCCAAAUCGAUGAUGCGAUACUUUGACGUCAACGGUGAUGGCUUUGUGGACCUUGAAGAGUACAUUGCUGCUAUGUGCCCUCCUGGAUACCGCAUGCCGUCAGAUGUCAAGGACAACAUUUUCGACGUGCUCCUUUCCGCCCAGGUGAGCAAAGAAGAAGAGCUUGUAGCUCAAAAAGAAGCCUUCUUUGAAGGGAAGGCAUCACCUGGCCGCCGGGCCAAAGAUUUCAUUCGAAAGCAGGUGCCUGACGAAGUCUGGAACGAGUGGAACACCGCAUGGGAGACGUUGGACAAGAGCCAUCUGGGCUAUUUGAACUGCAUGCACCUUAAGCAGAGCAGGGCUUUGCCAGCAGACAUGUGCGACUUUAUGUUCAAUUUGAUCGCUGAAGAUGCCGAAGGAGACAAAAUCACGAAACAUCAGUUCCUCACACAAUUGCUGGAAUCAUCUGGUUUUCGUUUCCGCAACGGGAUUUCUUCAGAAUGAGAGUUCUUGCCAUCCGACCAUCAACAUUUGAGCUCCAAAAACCGCCAGGUGUGCAGAGCCUAUAAUUCGUAAGUUUUGAGCAGUUCAGCUGAGAUCAGCAGAGUGUUUAUACC